GGGAGAUCCGCCUCUGAGGUUUUAUAGUCUCACUGGUAUUUAUACCAAAGGCACCACCAGCACAGAGUCCCCGUGGAAAGGAGCUCUCGAGUGCAUUUGAUCCCUCGCCUCCUGGCACAACCUCCUGUCUCAGCAUGUGUGAAGAGGAGACCACCGCUCUCGUGUGCGACAACGGCUCUGGGCUCUGUAAGGCCGGGUUUGCUGGUGAUGACGCUCCCCGGGCUGUGUUCCCCUCCAUCGUGGGUCGCCCACGCCACCAGGGCGUGAUGGUGGGGAUGGGCCAGAAGGACAGCUACGUCGGGGAUGAAGCCCAGAGCAAGAGAGGCAUCCUGACCCUCAAGUACCCCAUAGAGCACGGCAUCAUCACCAACUGGGAUGAUAUGGAGAAGAUAUGGCACCAUUCUUUCUACAACGAGUUGCGAGUGGCUCCCGAGGAACACCCCACCCUUCUGACAGAGGCCCCCCUGAACCCCAAGGCGAACCGGGAGAAGAUGACGCAGAUCAUGUUUGAAACCUUCAACGUCCCUGCCAUGUACGUUGCCAUCCAAGCGGUGUUAUCCCUCUAUGCCUCCGGCCGUACCACCGGUAUUGUUCUGGACUCCGGGGACGGCGUCACUCACAACGUGCCCAUCUACGAAGGUUACGCCCUGCCCCACGCCAUCAUGCGCCUUGACCUGGCCGGCCGUGACCUCACGGACUACCUCAUGAAGAUUCUGACAGAGAGGGGCUACUCCUUUGUCACUACCGCGGAGCGAGAAAUUGUGCGGGACAUCAAGGAGAAGCUGUGCUACGUGGCUCUGGACUUUGAGAACGAGAUGGCCACGGCCGCCUCUUCCUCCUCCCUGGAAAAGAGCUACGAGCUGCCCGACGGCCAGGUCAUCACCAUCGGCAACGAGCGCUUCCGCUGCCCGGAGACCCUCUUCCAGCCCUCCUUCAUCGGCAUGGAAUCCGCCGGCAUCCACGAGACCACGUACAACUCCAUCAUGAAGUGCGACAUCGACAUCCGGAAAGACCUCUAUGCCAACAACGUCCUUUCUGGGGGAACCACCAUGUACCCGGGCAUUGCGGACAGGAUGCAGAAGGAAAUCACCGCCUUGGCGCCCAGCACCAUGAAAAUAAAGAUCAUUGCUCCUCCCGAGCGCAAAUACUCCGUCUGGAUCGGAGGCUCCAUCCUGGCCUCCCUCUCCACCUUCCAGCAGAUGUGGAUCAGCAAGCCAGAGUACGAUGAAGCCGGCCCGUCGAUUGUGCACCGGAAGUGCUUCUAAAGAGCCCGGCUGGCCUCUCGCGCCGCACGGAGCACCUCGUCCUUCUUCUCUCUCUGCAUUUCUUUCUCAUCCUUCAAUAAGCAUUAAAAACAUUUUUCAAGCCA